CACCAUGCGCGCCGCGCCGCCUCCCGCGCGGCUUCUGCCGCUGCUGUUGCUGCUCGCGCUCCUGGCCGCGCCCGCCGCCCGCGCCCGCAGAGCCGAGUCCACCGCCCCGCCGCAGUCCGGAUCCGAGCGCCAGCCGCGGCCGCCGCCCGGCCCGGGGCCCGGGAACGCCACCGGGAUGGGCUCCGGGGAGGCGACGGGCGGCGGCGGCAGCUCCAACAGCAGCGGUGACGCCCUGGUGACCCGCAUCUCCAGCCUGCUCCGCGACCUGCCCACCCUGAAGGCGGCCGUGAUCGUGGCGUGCGCCUUCUCCGCCUUCCUCAUAGCCUGCCUGCUGCUGCGCGUCUUCAGGUCGGGGAAGAGGUUAAAGAAGACCCGCAAGUAUGACAUCAUCACCACUCCGGCUGAGCGAGUGGAAAUGGCCCCGUUGAAUGAAGAGGAUGAUGAGGACGAGGACUCCACAGUAUUUGACAUCAAAUACAGGUAAAACCUGUUCUCCAGCGUGUUGGCAUCCUGUGGCUGGUCGGCUGAAGCUGUGGGGUGUGAAGGAUCUGGAAGCUGUCCCGUCCGAGGUGUUGAAACCAAAACAAACAUUAUUUAUGAAACUCUGGCACAGUUGUGUGUAGAACGUCGGCUCCGAAUGUCACUGCAGGAGACACGACCCUCUGGACGCCCCUGUAAAAUGUCACCCUUUAUUCCCUCCUCAAGAGGGCUUUUGCCUUGCUAAGGGGCAAGGGGAAACAUGCUGAUUUAAAAAAUAAUUUUAAAGCAACUGCCGACAAAAGUAAAAGAGAUCAGAAGUUAUCAAGAACCUAAGAAAAACCUAAAGGAUAUUCAGCGGCAUAUUUAGGGUUUCUGACAGUCUGCUCUCCUGGAUCUAUGAACUUUUAGAUGUCUGACCCUUUGUGGUCUUUCUGGGCUUGGUCGAGUUCUGGCCUUUCGUUGGUGGUGGCCGCGUGAAAGUUCAGAGUGCAAGGGCUCAGAGCUGCUCAGCUCGCAGCAGAUGUAAACAUGUCCUGUGGCUCCUUUUCUUUUCCUUUUUUGAAAGGGUUCAGCAGAAUUAGGCAUGGCUAGCUCACAAAGAAUUCUGAAUAUCAGGGAGAAACCUAGACCUGUGUGUGUGCAUGUGUGUGUGUGUGUGUGUGUGUGUGUAUGUACACGUGAAAUAAUUUCUCCAUCUCUAAAGAGAAAAGAAAGUGUUUGGCAGUCUUUGCUUAGUAACAUCCAUUGUGUGUUUCUCUGCCCUGUCACCAUUCUACAUUGUUGGUCUUAGAAAUGGAAUUAAAAAAAAAUCACCGUGAUAAUUUAAAUGAAUGGUGAUUUGGUUGGCUGAAAAAAGCCCACUGCCAGGGACUACGUUUGCAGUUGGUCCAGGCCAGACUGGCCUAGGAACCCACCUGGACCCAGGAGGUUACUGCAGGAAGGCCCCUCACACAGGUGGGUUUGGGUGGUGGCUUAUCUUGCAGCUAGAGUGCCCGACACUUGCUGGAAGCAGGGCCUCUGGCUGACUUCUCAGGAUGAUAGAGGCCUCCCAUUUCACUGUUUCCCCAGGGUUAUAUCCUUCUGCUAAAGUCUCCUAGCAGUGCCUUUGGGGGCCGGCUACUCUGUUCUCUCUGGAAAGGUGUUUUGUAAUUUUUUUUAUCUCCUCUUUUCUGGCAUUCUGCAGGGUUUGCAAAUUUGCCUGUUUAUUGUCUGCUCCACUGCUUGGGAUGAAAACUCUGGCCUUUCCCUACUCGCCCCUAUUUUCAGAUUUUUCAGUUUCCUGGGAAGGGGCUGCCCUGCUUUGGGGCAGGUUCCCAAGGCCCGCUGGGCAUGGGUGCUCUGCAGCCCUGGCCCAUCAGAGUGGCACUUCGGCCUCUGCACAAGAGAGGGGCGGCCACUCUGAGGACAGUGGCCUGCUGGUCCUCGGCUCCCUCCCGUGAUUUUGCUUCUUUUGUUGACUUUCCUUCUCCCUUUCUCCGCCCUGUUUGCCAGAGGGGUGGGCCUGCUUUAUCUCUACCCUCCACCCUCAUGGGCCAGGGUGGUGACUAAAUGGGAUGGGCCACCUAGCAGCUGUGCGCUGUCCGGACCUUGGAACUGGAACCGUGGCUCACACUUGCCUUUCCGACAACCGCAUCUGAAACAUCUUCGGAGAAGCUGGAUUCUUCUGCCUGACGCAUGAACGCCGGCCUCUGUCUGCCAGGUGCUCGUCGCAGGGCCUGGCAGAGGCAGCCACCAAGAAUGACCUUCCAGAUGCCACAGCUUUGGCACUAGAGGCUCUUAAAUAAAAAAACCCUUCUGGCGUGAA